UCGCAGUGUCAGUCUCUCUUUCUUUCUCUCACUCUGAAAGCGUUUUAGUUUUUUUUUUUUUUUUUUUUUUUUUGGGGGAAUUAUUUUCUGUGGAGCUGUUGAUAUCUAGAGCUCUCUAGACCGCCAUUGAAGGUCUUGGAGCUCCCACUAACAGAUGCAGGUCCAAUGAUGAAGAUUUCAAUCUAAUUCGGUCAUUGCUCUUUUGUGGGGCAUGCAAAUAUGAAUAAAGAAAAUACACAUGCUGCCAGCUCUAAAGAGCCUUCUGUCCGAAUAACACGAGCUAGGGCUAAAGACUUGGGUGCAUCAGGUGGGAUUCUUCCCUCUUUAAAACCUUCCUUUAAACAAAACAGCAAGCGUGUACUUCGAGAAAGUUCCAAAAGACCUGCAUCAGAUGAGAAUAAAGCUUCUGCAAAUGCCACUGCUGGCUUUCAGCAUAAGCGAAGGGCAGUACUCAAGGAUGUUACAAAUAUAUCUUGUGAAAAUUCAAAUGUGGAAGACAUUUGUGCAUCUGAAAUCCAGCUUGCUAAAAGAGGUCCUGCUAAAAAGAAUACAAAAAUGGUCUCAAAUGUCCCAGAAGGAUUUCUACCUGUUCAAGAUGAUGCAAAGUCGAAGUUAGCCGAGGAACUAUCCAGAAUAAGGGUGGCAGAAUCAGAAGAGUUCAUAAUGCCAUUAAAAUUAGAAGAAAAUAAGCCAAUACCACAGUGUAGACAAUAUGAUGUAGCGGAUUUGAUGAUUCCAGUUCAGACUUCUGCAAAACCUGCUGGUAAUGCCCCUAUAAAAGAAGAAGAUAUUGUUUGUGAGAUACCAGCAGCCUCAAAAGGUGUGGACAUUGUGGAUAUCGAUUCAAACUUGAAGGAUCCUCAAGCAUGCAGUUUGUAUGCCGCUGAUAUAUACAAUAAUAUACGCAUUACAGAGAUAGGGCGAAGACCAUCUACUGAUUAUAUGGAAAUGUUGCAGCAAGAUAUCACUCCAAGCAUGCGAGGAAUUCUGAUUGAUUGGCUUGUUGAGGUUUCUGAAGAAUAUAAGUUGGUUCCAGAUACACUUUACCUCACAGUGAAUCUAAUUGAUCGAUUUCUCUCUCAUAAUUAUAUUGAGAAGCAAAGACUCCAACUUCUUGGCGUUACUUGCAUGCUAAUUGCCUCGAAGUAUGAAGAAAUAUGUGCACCACGAGUAGAAGAAUUUUGCUUCAUCACCGACAAUACCUACUCAAGAGAAGAGGUACUUAAAAUGGAGAGUGGAGUUUUAAACUUCUUGCACUUUCAGUUAUCUGUUCCAACCACAAAAACAUUUCUAAGGAGAUUCAUUCAAGCUGCACAAGCUUUUUAUAAGGCUCCUUGUGUGGAACUGGAAUUCUUGGCAAAUUAUUUAGCAGAGUUGACUCUUGUCGAAUACAGCUUCCUAAGAUUCCUACCUUCACUAAUAGCUGCCUCUGCUGUAUUUCUUGCUAGAUGGACACUCAGUCAGUCAGACCACCCAUGGAAUUCUACGUUAGAGCACUAUACAAAUUACAAGGCAUCAGAUCUGAAAACUACAGUUGUUGCACUGGAAGAUUUGCAACUGAAUCCAAAUGGCUGCGCUCUUAAUGCUAUACGCGAUAAGUAUAGACAACAAAAGUUCAAAUGUGUAGCGACUUUGACCUCAAUAGAACCGGUUGGAUCGCUUUUCUAAAGAUCAAAAGUAGCAAUUCUUCUGUAAGAGGUUAAUCAAGAAAUUAAUCAUCUGUAACAGGCUCUCUUCAGUCCAGAACUUAUCUGAUCUCCAAUUAUGAAAAGCUUUACCUGUUAAUUCUAACUUAAUUGUCUGUUUGUUAUUUGUUGUAUGCAACAUCCGUUCUGGUGCUACGUCCUCUGUAACCUAAUUAUUUAGAGCAUGACACAUUGAAGACAGUUAAGUUUAUAUGCCCUGAGGCAGAAUAAUUUCUUAUAGCAGCUAGGAUUAUGUGGGCUGGUUCUGAGUUUGCAACAGGAAUGUUGCUGCUUGAGAUUAUUUUUGUAUCCAUUAACAUAGGAAAGAAAAAAUAGAAAAAAAUAAAAAAAUAAAAAAAGAAGUUUUCAUGUCUAA